CGGUCUGCUAUUUCCGGCCCGGUCCCUUAUUUCUCUGACAGCAACUUGGCAGGUAUGGCCCUCAGAGGCAGGGAUCCCAGUUCCAGAAGAUAUAAGCCAAACUACUCGCCAGUGACAACAGAUAACCAGUGGAACACACUCCAAACAAACCACAACCAAGCACAGAUAAUCAAUCUACAGUGGUACCUCGGUUUAUGAACACAAUUGGUUCCGGAAGUCCGUACUUAACCUGAAGCGUUCAUAAACUGAAGCGAACUUUCCCAUUGAAAGUAAUGGAAAGUGGAUUAAUCCGUUCCAGACGGGUCCACGGAGUACUUAAACUGAAAGUACUCAAACCGAAGCUUACUUAAACAGAGGUAUGACUGUAGUUCCAAAUGUAAUCCAGAAGCAAAUUAGGAAACAGUCCAAGAUCAAGAUCACACACACAUAACAUGUAUGCAUGUAUGUUUUGUGUGUGUGCGUGUGGCAAGAUAAAACACAACAAGGGAGAGCGAGUAGAAUCAGGCCCUUGAAGCUAGGGACCUAUGUUGUUUCCAGCAAUGGGAGCUCCAGGGGUUCGUCACUAGGUAUCCACGCGGAGGGCCCCUCCAGGGGAUCAUCAGCCUUGGGCUCAGGGGGCCCUUUCUGCUCCUCAAGACCCUCAACCUGUCCAGUCUGUCCUCUAAGGACUCUGUGCCUGGUGCUAGGUCAGGGCUAGGCAUGACAGUAUUUUUCUUCCAGCAAACAUCUUUUAAGAGUUUGAGGAAAAUAUAACCUGAAAUGAAAUCUGGCACUCGGACGUUUAAUACAAGAAACCCAAAUCCCAUUAGAAUUCAAACUGUGGAAUUUCCUAAUAAUAGCAGCCGAGGCAUCUAUUCAUUAUAAUGUUCCAGUAACAACACGGUUAUUGUUUGAAAGCAGGACAUUUCAUUACCUCACUGGCGAUGCAUGUUUGGUUCAUUAGCCGUUUGAAAUGAACUGAGAUUUAUAUGAUCUCCGCACCCGCACAAAGACUGCUAAGAGUGUGUGAGGAAAAAGGAACAUGUUGGGAGAGUGGCAGGAACUGGGCAUUAACAAUAAUCCGCUCAUAAUAUAUUUGGGGGGGGGGGGCUGAGAGCAAAAAUGCAAAAGGGGAGACUGAUCAGUCCUGCCUAAGUUGGCAGUGUGUGUGUGGCACAGAGCACCGUUGAGCAAUUGUCUGAGCUUACUAGGCAGGGAACAGAAGGGAAAUUGGAGGACAAGGCUUGAUAACAAAAGCAGGUUACAAAAUCAUGUUAAGUGGAAUUUACUCUCUACACAGCUCCUCUUUAGUACAAUUCAGAUAAGAUUUUUCAGGUGAGACUAUCAUUCAUUGUACAGAUUUUGAUAGCUGGUGAUGAUAGAAAAGUGAUGACAUUUUUUUUUACGUAUGUCAUUGGAUUCACAUCUGAGUAUUUCACUUGCACCCCUUAAUGCAUGUGACUGUUCCCCUUAAUAAUAUGGUUUCAUGCACUUCUGAAAGCAGCACAACUCUGCUUUUCAAAAUUCCAAGACUAGUUCUGCCAUGUGGCAGUAGACGUUUUCAGAUAGGAAGCCCAGAACUAGCAUUUCUGAGCCCUUUUGCAUUAAUUCUGCCAUCUCAAUUUUGGUAGUGGGGGAAAGGAGCUGAAAUGGAUGUAUCUAUUGAAACUUGCCAUUCACAUCCCAGGCUGAUUUUAAGCCAAAUACUAUUUGGAGGCCAAACUAUAGAUGAUCAUGGCAAACAUGCAGACAUAAUAUGGUUUAAUUUUAACACCAGAAGCGCAUAGGAGCAGAACUCUUACCUGCCCCACCUCCCUGUGGAUCAUGGCAGGACAUAGCAGGUGUGGCUCACUUGUGCUUGAGACAGGCACAGGACAAGCAAGGAGUUUGGGCAGUGGGCUUCUUGAAUUGGGUGGCUACCACUAUCAUAUCUGAGCCACUGGGCUUAAAUACAAUGUGAAAACUUCUUUUGUAUAUUUUCAUGCUAGUGGAACCCUGUAUAAGCAGCGUUCCUGUUUAUCAAACUGCUGAAUGCAUGCAUUUCUUGAGUGUUCAUACUGUUCAGACAAAUAAGUUUGCAUAUAGUGUAGCACUGCUUUCCAGAGACUUUUUCUAAGGUCGCGCUGAGAACCUCUACCCAGGUUCUUUAGUACCUCACUGGAAGAUUUCUGAUGUGUUGUGUACAGUUUACAGUUUGGGUGAAAAUCCUGGGCUUGCACUUUUCACCCAAACUGUAAAUGUCAUUUUACAGAGUUGAUGUGAGGAAAUGAAGGCUAUGAGCAUGCCUUGUUAGAAGCAUUUGACAGGGUAUAUCACCUGUUAGUUGGGCUUUGGUAUGCCAAGGUUACAUUGUUAGUGAUCUUUAUUAAUAAAUAACUAAGAUACUUGUUGGUCCAAAGGGUAUGGCUCUUUUUGCAUUCCGGGAUCUCAGUGUUCAUAAAUCUUAGGGAUUGUAUUCGUGCUAUUUUUGUUUUGAGGAAAAAAUCUUGCAUUUUCUGCCAAGCAGCUUAUUCCGAGAGAAGAAGAAUGAAGGCUCGUGCUCCACCUCCACCUCCACCAAACCAAACUCCUGCCGCCUGUACGGUUAAUAAUGAACACAAAUUACCUACAGACCUGGGAAUGCUGCCUGAUCAGGGGGUGAUAAAUAUGAAGGAAAAUCUGAUUAACAGGACGGUGGACUUUAUAGUAGUUUUUCCAGAUGGAGAAGAACAGAAAACAACUGUGCAUGGCAGUAAAGCCGUGAUGGACCUCUUAGUUGACUUGUGCAGCCGGUACCACUUAAAUCCAGCCUAUCAUACCCUGGAGCUGCAGUCUUCAGGCACCCAACAGACUUUGAGUUAUAAGCCAAAUACUUUGAUAGGGGCACUGGAUGUAUGGAAGAUACUUCUGAAGGAGAAGGUUCCUGAAGGAAAGGCAAAGCGGCCUCCUCCGCCCAAAAUUCCUGAGAAAACAGUGAGGCUGGUCGUGAACUAUCUCAAGACACAAAAGGCAGUGGUCCGAGUGAGUCCCGAGGUGCCCCUCCAAAGUAUCAUCCCAGUGAUUUGUGAGAAAUGUGAGGUCAGUCAGGAAUGCCUUGUCCUCUUGAGAGAUACCUUCACUGGGGAGGAACUGGAACUUACAAAGUCAUUGAAUGAACUGGGAAUAAAGGAGCUCUAUGCAUGGGAUAGGAAAAGAGUUCUUUCAUCAAAAGCUCAGUCUGAACCUUCUCUGAACAAUAGAGAAACAAGAAGAUACUCAACUAGCUGUGACACAACAGAAAAAGAAAAGAAACGAUUUCUGGGAUUUUUCAAGACUAAUAAAAUGAACAUUAAGGCAGAAGAGUGUUCAAUGAGGAUGGCUGGGGAUUAUGGCAGUGAAGAACCUUUAAAGUCCACAACAGAAAGUGAGCUGUACCUUGAUGGAGUUGCAACAGCUCCACAUUCUUCUUCAGUGGAUUCACGUUCCUUUACUUUGGGUCCAUCACAGUCUUUGGGGAACAUCUCAGGAAUUACUGGAAGCACCGAAAUGAAAAAGCGUAGAGCUCCUCCACCCCCAGUGGUGAUUCCUCAGACGCAGGGUGAGGAGACCAGCAGUCCAGAGAAAACACAGAGUCAGAUGUCCCCAAGCGAAUCGCAAAAUGAUUUACAGAAGAAAAAACGGCGUGCCCCUCCCCCACCGACUCCUCCAAUGCGGAACAGGACAGAAGAAAUGGAAGACAAGAGGAAAAGCACCGUUGGUAAUGGACGGCACGUGCCACAAAAGCCUCCUAGAGGCACCCCACGUGGCCCACCCCAGUUAGUGAUCCCCCCACCCCCACCAUACCCUCCUCCUGACAGAGAUACUAUGGAUCCAACCGUAUUGUACAGUGAAGCCGAUGUUACAGACCCACCCAAGCUGGUACCUAAACGCAAUUUACAACUUUCACGUGAUGUUUCUAGCAUGGAAGACGUAGCUCUGGAGCUGUCAGAGACAGAGGACACGAUUUCUGUUGGCAGCUGCUUUACCUCAGAGGACACCACAGAAGAUUCAGGUGUUAUGAGUUCCCCCUCUGAUGUCGUCUCAUUCGAGUCUCAGAAUGACAGCGUGAGGUCAAGAGACAAGUCCAUCGGGGCCCAGGAGACCUUGACCGAGAUGGAUUCCAUGUAUGUUGAACAGACGUGCUCUGGAAGGAAUGCCUUCUCCAGUAGUGAUGAAUCUGGAAUCGUUUCCCAAAGUAGCAGGGAUGAGGACGAAAUGAUGGAAGCUAAGUUUGAAAACGCAGAUGUGUUCAUAGCUACUCAGACCUUGGCUGCAUUGGACAAAGACCUAAUGGCGAUGGAGAGUAUGGAGGAUGAUUCUGAAAGCGGAUCUGUAUCUAGUGAGACGAAUGGCUCACCCCUCCCUUUUCCACGGGAUGCUGAGCCUGUCCAAGAUGUUCCAGCUCCUGUGCCAGUGACGAUAAUAGAUGAAAUUCCCGAAACGGACAUUAUAAUCCACCCCACUAGAGAGGAAGGAGAACCUUUGUUUUCUGAGACAGGGGCUAAUGAAGAUAUUUCAGCUGAUCCCAUUAUCCUAGCGAAGCUUACUAAUGAAAAUAAUAAUGCUGGUUCUUUGAGCAAGGGAUCUGUAGAUGGUAUAUCCUCCAGUUUAUCCAAGAGCUUAUUACAACAACAGUCACCUAAAGAAGAGUUUGGACGCCCAACUGAGAAAGAGCAGGUAUAUAUAUCGGAGACACACACACCUCCCUGUGAAAAAACGAACACAAAGGAUGUGUCCCUGGAAAUCCUUACAAAAAAUGGUACUGAGUCUGAAAAAUCCAAAGUGAUUUCUUCCAACUUUACUGUUAUGAGUGAAAGAAAUAGAGCAAAGGAGAAAGUAAAACAAUUGAAAGAGGAUAAUAACAAGGAAGGACUUCCGAGCAAAAUUAAAUCUGAAUUGGAAUGCAGAUAUGCAUCAACAAAAGACCCAGACGAGCAGCAAACAUCUUUAUGGUGUUACCGUGUUCGCAAUGGAAUCACAAGCUAUGAACCUAAAAUAGGUCUGACCACCUUUAAAGUUGUACCUCCCAAACCCGAAGUAAAAUAUUUUGACAGAGAUGCCUCCCUUUCUACUGGUGCCAUAAAAAUAGAUGAAUUGGGCAACCUGGUGGCUCCAAAUGCUGGUAGUAUGAAAAAGGUCACAGUAAAUAUGACUUCAAGUGAAACAGAGGAAACUCUCAUUGGGAGAGCCAAAGCAUACUGGAGAUCAAAUUCUACGAAAACACCAUUGGGGGAGUCCCCAGUAGGCUUCCCCACCAAGCCAGCAGCCAUCACCAAUUUCAAACCCCUCAAUAAAAUAGGUGAAACAAAGCCUGACUCCCUUGCAAGUCUGAAGGCAGCAACGGCACCACUAGCUGGUUCCAGGACAGUUGACAAUAAUGUUGGGCCUUGCGGGGGGAAGCCACACAUUUACGCCACGCAGUCUUCAGUUAAAAUGCUAACGACUCCAGGGGUCAAGACAGAUAAGAUGGAGCUCCCAUUUCAGAAGCCCCAAAGAAGAACAUCAAGCCAUUACGUAGCCUCUGCCAUUGCAAAACGCAUCGAUCCACUCCAGUUUAAAACCAGUCAAGAAAGGCAUGACAAAGUAGAAGAGAUGAGGGGUGGGAAAGUGGUAAAAACUGAAACAGAAUCACUUCCCAAAAGAUGCAUUAUUUUGGCCAAAACCCGCCCAGUAGAAAUGCAGCCAGCAGAAACAAAAAGAUCUUACGUAGAUAUCUUCAGUUGCAGCCAAAAUGCAUCAAAUACUCUACCACUUGGUGCUCAUUCCAAGAUAAGAAGUAGCACACAUUGCUACAGGGAGACAUUUACCACAAGACCUUCUAAAGAUGGUCUUGGAGAGAAGCCCAGCUGGGAUUCAAUAGAAAAUGUAGUUGUUAGAGAGACACCUUCUAUAUUUAAUCAAAGGAGGGAGCAAAUAGAUGAGGCUAACUGUCCCUUCCUCCUUAGAUCAUCCAACAGUUUCUCAUCUUCCAUCACUUCCAGCUCUUCUGUGAAGUCAGCUGGGGGGCAUCCUAUCAACAGUAGACCAUCAGAGUUAGAUGGAACAGCUAUUGUUAAUCAUGUAGUUUCAGAAAAAGAUGAAAAACUUGACAGUGUGUGUGAAAGCAAAAGGGCAGAGUCUGAUGUCGGAGGUGAUAAUAAAGUUUUUGGGCCAAAGAAGAAGUUUAAGCCAGUAAUCCAGAAGCCACUUCCAAAAGAUACAUCUCUACACGGUGCUUUAAUGGAAGCCAUCCAGAAGGCAGGAGGAAGAGAAAAUCUCCGAAAGAUUUCACCCAGCAUGGCUAAUGGACCUCAGAAGAAGCCACUGUUCACAGAACAAGAGAAUGAGCGUUCUGCCCUUCUGGCAGCCAUUAGAGGUCACAGUGGAGCCUCAAAGUUGAGAAAGAUCUCUUCAUCUGCCUCUGAAGAGCUUCAGAGUUUCCAAAAAGCAGAAGCAGCCUUGCAAAACAGAGAGGCCUCUACAACAGAGCAAUGGGGGAAUCAGCUGCCGCCGCCGCCACCUCCUCCUCCUCCUCCGCCACCUCAAGUGACAAUGAAAACUCCUAGGUACAUCGCAAGUCCAAGAGCAGACAGCCCAGGGGAUGCAAGGCAGGCGCUAAUGGAAGCAAUCCGCUCGGGAACUGGGGUGGCGCGUUUGAGAAAGGUCCCUCUGCUUGUUUGAACACUAAAUGCUCCAGUCACUCGUUUCUUAUGCAAUUUUUCAUGCAUUUCUUACUGGUUUGAAUGGACACCCAUGGCAAAAGGAUUCCAAGAAGUUUACAGGCCAAAAAUAAGCUGCAUUUUCUGUGUUUCUCUCUAUUUUUUUAUUUGGUUCACAGGUUGCUACACAGCUUCUGUGCCAAGGAUUUGUGGGUCCCUUGCCCCCAAAUAGUCAAACCGUGCCAAUAAAACUAUUCUCAAUGGCAGGUUAAUUAGCUGACGAACACUUUUUGCUGUGUGUACUCAGCACCAACAUAUUUUUGCUUGUUCAGUUAAAAAUACGUAGCUAUUCUGGACCAUUUAGUUAAUUUCUUUUUAAAAACAAAAGCAGUUUAAAACCUCAGAGUAUACAGACUAUAGAUCUGUUAAAAUGGGAUGGAGGGGUUAUGACAGAAACUCAGUGGUUCAAAUUACCACAUGCUGAAGUCACUGCUUUUUACAAUCAAGCAGGAUUGAUUAUCCACAACGUUUUGACCAAGCUACCGGUACUGUAGUUAUCACUAGAGAUUCAGAGAUCACUUGGGAUCCAUUUGACAGGCAGUUUUAGGGGAUACCGGGGACGCAGGUGGCGCUGUGGGUUAAACCACAGAGCCUAGGGCUUGCUUAUCAGAAGGUCAGCGGUUCGAAUCCCUGCGACGGGGUGAGCUCCCGUUGCUCAGUCCCAGCUCCUGCCAACCUAGCAGUUCGAAAGCACAUCAAAGUGCAAGUAGAUAAAUAGGGCAAGUAGAUAAAUAGGGAUCGCUACAGCGGGAAGGUAAACGGUGUUUCCGUGUGCUGCUCUGGUUCGCCAGAAGCGGCUUUGUCAUGCUGGCCACAUGACCUGGAACCCUCGGCCAAUAAUGCGAGAUGAGAGCGCAACCCCCAAGUCGGUCACGACUGGACCUAAUGGUCAGGGGUCCCUUUACCUUUACCUUUAGGGGAUAUAAAGUCCAUAAUACUAACAUCUGCAGAUAUGCUGAGCCCCAAGGGCAGAGGGCUUGUGGGGGCGCCUUAGUAGGGGGAACUUUCCACAGAGCUGUGCCUGGCACGU